AUGGUAGUUAUCCAACUUUACCUCUCCAUUUAUCUCUUCCUUUGUGAUAUAUACAAAGUGGUGGUGGCGAUGACGCCGCUUUACGUGGCGUUGGUGCUAGGCUACUCCUCCGUGAGGUGGUGGCGGGUGUUCAAGCCCGACCAAUGCGACGCCAUCAACCGCUUCAACUGCUACUUCAUCAUCCCCUUCUUCACCUUCCAGUUCACCUCCGGCGUCGACCCCUACGCCUUGAACUUCUGCUUCCUCACCGGAGACGUCGUCGCCAAAGCCAUCGCCGCCACUGCAUUAGCUCUCUGGGCCAAAUUCGCCAAAAAGAGCAGCUUCGCUUGGGUCAUAACCUCCUUCAAUCUUUCCAGCUUCAACAACACGCUCGUCGUCGGGGUUCCGUUGCUCAAGGCCAUGUACGGCACCGCCGGCGAGGAUCUGGUGGUGCAGUCGUCGGUCAUCCAGUCUCUUGUUUGGAUCCUCUUAUUCAUGCUCGAGUUCUGGCGUGCCAGCUCCUGCUCCUCCAACGAUGUUGUUGACGAGGAAAAGCCGCAGCCGAUUUCUAUGGAUGCUGAUGGUUCAAAUAAUGCGAUUGUCGUGGUUGUUGAUGGCGGAGCCGCCGUGGCGCCGUUGAAUUUGAGAUCAACGAUGAAGCAAGUUGGCGCGAAGCUCGGAAAGAAUCCGAAUUGUUAUGCGUGUGCGCUUGGUGUCAUUUGGGCUCUGCUGGCAAAAAGGUGGGAUUUUGAAAUGCCAAGCAUAAUGGAGGGAUCAAUUUUGAUUAUGGCCAAGGCAGGAAGUGGGGUGGCCAUGUUCAGCAGGGGGCUGUUCAUGGCGUUGCAAGAGAAGGUAAUAGCUUGUGGUGUGCGGCUUACGAUUUAUAGUAUGGUUUUGAGGUUUGUGGGUAGCAAACUGCAGUAG